AUUUGCAGCGAUUGUAAACCAAAAUAAUGUGUAAUCAAGAAAAUCAAGAUAAUAAGAAAAGAAUUGAUGGGAGACUUACCUUAUCAAUACCGUAUGGUAAUGCUGUUGAGAACAGAUCAUUGAUCAAACCAAUUAAACUAUCCCAUCCUUAUUCAGGCGAAUAUUUGAAAACUAAUAUGAAAACAUCGGAGGAUUCUGAUCAACCUUUAAGUCAAACCACACUGAAUCUACAAUCGAAUUAUGAUCAAUCAAGCGGACGCCUUAGUAUUGAUGACUCUGAUUUGAUUGAUGACUCAACCAGUGUGGCGCAACUGUCAACAUCUUCACCAUUAUCAGUGACAUCUGCAUCAACGUCAUCCUUCUAUCCGACACAUAAUGUUGGUAGUGGAAUGGAAAUCAAUGCAAAAUAUGCAAAAACUGAGCAGUCACAAGGGACCAAAAGUGAUCAGAGUAGUAGUUUGCGGGUCAGUGAUAAGUACAAGAAGUAUACAGCUGCAAAAAAUCGGUUAAAUGAAUUAUGUGAUAUAAUUGAAAAGAAAGAUAAGCAACUGCGAAUAUUUCGAAAUGGAAUUAAUGAGAAGGAUUUAGAAAUUGGGAAGUUGUAUGAUAGGAUUAGAGCCUUGGAAUACAACUGUAGAAGAUUGCAAUCAGUGAUUGAAUCUGUUGGAGAUGAAUCUGAUGAAAAUCAGAUAAGAUUGCAAGAAAUUAUUAAUGAACGCGACGGUUUGAUUCUUAGAAACGCUUCACUCUCACGGCAGAUUGAAUUCGAGAAACGAGAAUGGUCUAUCGAGCGAGAACGUCUUUCAAUGGAUCUUGAUGAUGUUACCAGAGAACUUGAAUUGCAAAAAAUGAUUUUAAAUGGUGAAAGUCUCUCAGAAAUUGUUCAGCGAUGGCAAGCAAAAGUGUUUGAAUUGGAAGGAAUGAUAACAGAUCGAGAUCGUGCAAUACGAGCUCAGGAAGUUCGGAUCAGUAAACUGAAGCAAUCAUUAGCAGAAGUUGAUCGUAUUUCUUGUGACGAUUCGUUGGAAUUACAACCAAAAUAUGAUUUCACCUCUAUCAAACGUCUCUUUCUACAAUAUCUUACCGGUUCCGAUGAAGAACGGAUGCAACUAUUACAUAACGUGUCAAAUGCACUUCAUCUAUCAGAUGAAGAGCAACGUCAAUUACGAUCAAAUCUGAAGAGCAAAAUUUACGUUUCCUAAACUAUUUUCCAUAAUUAGUAAAUCAUCGAUAUUUAUGCUGGGAAAUGAUGAUCUUUUAUAUAUUUAAGCG